CCGGUGACCAGAAUGGUUCGCCUUUCGAUCUUUUGUCUGCUCCUGGGGCUCUACGGGGUCCAGGCCCUUUUUUGCGGUAAUAACUACCAAAAACAUUGCGUGGCGCGAAACCGUUGCAGAGUUGGCUCCGAAACCGGAACGCCCCAAAUAACUUUCCGAUUUGUACAAAGCGGCAAUGAAGGAUGCCCUGCUGCCGAAACCUGCUGUCCCUUAGAGGAAACUUCACUAUUUCCAAUCACGAAUCAGGUACCCUAUCGACCGAUGCAGGGUUGUGGAAACGUAAAUCGCAAUGGCCUGACCUUCACCAUGACCAACUCGGGGGACACCGCGCAGGAGGGCGAACUUCCCUGGAUGGUGGUACUCCUGGAUGCCCAAUACCUCCAGCCGAUCGGCGGUGGCUCCCUGAUCACACCGGCUGUGGUGCUCACAACAGCCAGUGUGAUCCGUAAUCUCGCCGAGAACCAGUUCAUCGUGCGGGCUGGCGAAUGGGAUCUUCAUACCAAAACCGAGCAGCUAAAACAUGAGGACGUGCUCGUCAGGAAGAUCGUGCGUCAUGCAGGAUUCAAUGAGAUAACCGCGGCCAACAAUGUGGCCCUUUUGUUCCUCGACAGACCUCUUCAACUAUCCCGUCACAUAAACCUCAUCUGCCUGCCGCCAGCAAAUUGGAAGUUCUCAAGGAAUAGAUGUAUCGUUAGUGGCUGGGGUAAGAAGAACUGGAACGACAUCAGCUACAUGAAUCUACUGAAGAAGAUCGAGGUGCCGUUGGUGGACAGAGACACGUGCCAGAGGCAAUUGCAGGGAAUAUUUACCUCAGCCUUCCAGCUUGAUAGCAGCCUGAUCUGCGCCGGUGGAGAGGCUGGCAAGGAUUCGUGCGAGGGCGACGGAGGAGCUCCACUGGCCUGUCCGAUCCAAGGCGAUCCCACUCGCUAUGAGCAGGUCGGCAUCGUCAACUUCGGAGUCGGAUGCGGAGAUCCAAUCGCUGCAGCCUACACCGAUGUUUCCAAAAUGAGACCCUGGAUUGACUAUCAGAUCGAUCUGGAUUCAGGUGUAGCCCAAGGAAACCCAGGACCUGUUCAAGUUGGAGUUGGAGGAUCCCAGACACAUGGACCAGUCCGAGAAACCAUUGCUAACGGUGGAUAUGGUUUAAAUGGAUACCCACCUACUAGACCUGAAUAUUAUCCUAGUGAAUAUCCAGAAGAUCUUCCAGGAGGAGUGGGAGGUGGAGGACUACCAGGACCUGUUCUUGUCAGCGAUGUUUGGCAUGGUACAGGUGGCAGCAGAUAUGGCCCUCAAGGAGGAGUUUCAAUUGGUAUCAACGGCAAUGGUCUAAAUGGAUACGGACUCCUUCAACGAGAAGAAGCUACUGUUGGUAGCAAUGUUUAUGAUGCAAAUAGAUUCCAAGGACCAAGUACACUGGGUAAUAGCCGAUUUGAUCAGAAUGGAUAUCUAGGAUCGGAUCAAGGAGGAGGAAGGGUAGGUCCAAAUGGUAACAAUAAUAAUUAUCAAGGACAAGUUAUUCAAGGAGGUGGAGGAUUUGGUCUAGGUGGCGGACAUAAAUUUGUUCCAGAUGAACAGAUAGCAAAAGUAAAUCCUAAUAAGCAUAAUACUAUCAAAUUUGAUAUAACUACUACAACGACCACAGAGGGUACAACCGUUCCUAUGGAAAUUGAAAUUAUAUAAUGUAUUUUCUUUUAGCUUAUUUCCUUCUCCCAACUUAUUUAAAUCAUUAAUAAAUUUAUUCAAUUUGCCUGAAA